AUGACGCCUCCUACUGCCUCUUUUGUCAACCCCGCCAGCGCUGCUACGGGCGGCCCUCAACUGGGUUCCUUCAAGCCCAGCAAGGGCAGCUUCCUCCCUUCCUCUACCGCUACCGCCACUCCCAAGUACGAACAGUAUGUUCCUAUCAAGACGGGCCAGGAGCCGAUCGAGGACUUCACUGGCAACUACCGAUUUGCCGAGAUCAAGGAGUCGCACACUUCGCGCGCCAUGACUUCGCGCUACAUGGCCGACAUGAUGGACGCCGCUGUUUCGGACGUCGUCGUCAUUGGCGCGGGCUCUGCCGGACUCACGUGCGCCUACACGUUGGCUAAGCAGCGUCCCGAUCUGCGCAUCACCAUUUUGGAGGCCAGCGUGGCUCCCGGUGGCGGUGCCUGGCUGGGUGGCCAGUUGAUGAGCGGCAUGGUGAUCCGCAAGCCGGCACACAACCUGCUCGUUGAGAUCGGCGUUCCUUUCGAUGAUGAAGGAAGCUACGUCGUCGUCAAGCACGCUGCUCUGUUCACGUCGACCCUUAUGGCCAAGCUGCUCGCGAUGGAUAACGUGAAGCUCUUCAACGCCACGUGCUGCGAGGACUUGAUCAUCAAGAAGGACCAUUCGGGCGCUCAGAGGGUUAAUGGCGUCGUCACCAACUGGACCCUUGUCACCAUGGCGCAUGGCCUACAGUCCUGCAUGGACCCUCAGACCAUCACUGCACCCGUCGUCAUCGGCGCCUGUGGUCACGAUGGCCCCUUUGGCGCCUUCAGCGUCAAGCGCCUCAGCUCCGCCGGCCUCAUCAAGCUCGGCGACAUGCGUCCUAUGGACAUGAACAAGUCCGAAGGCCUCAUCGUCAAUAAUACGCGCGAAGUCUUCCCCGGCCUCAUCGUCAGCGGCAUGGAGCUCUCUGAACACGACGGUCACCCCCGCAUGGGCGCUUCCUUCGGCGGAAUGAUUGGCUCCGGCCAGAAAGCCGCCUAUGAAGCGAUCAAGCUCUACGACAGCCUCGAAGUCGAAGACGGCGAAGUCGUCGGUCUCAAGCACUGA